UGUCAAGUGUAAGCUGCUCCGCUGCGCAGUCGUUGGCUGACGCGCUUUGUGAAGAAGCGACAUCUAACAUUUGUCUUGAACGGCGACCAAGAAAUCUUGUAUUCUAGUCACACAAAGAAAAUGGCCAGUCCCACCGACACCAUGUUGUCUCAUUCCACAAGCAAGCACCCACUCCCCGACGACGAUGAAGACGAUAACGGUAACCAGCACCAUCACCAUCCACAGCCUCAACAACAACAGCAACAACCAUUGCAAAUGCACGGGUACCACCAGCAAAAUCUUCACCACAGAUUCGGUGGUUCUACGCAAGCUCACCAUCCGCUCAACGGUUCCAAUCAGUUAGGAGGAACCUACCAGUCGAAUUCAAAACUCCACAGGCUCGCCCAGAAACAUGGACUCAACAAGAAAGGUCUCGUGAUAUUGCUGUUGUGUUCUGCGUCUUGCAUUUUACUUCUGAUAGCUCUGGUCACCUUGGUCGUUCUAUGGCCCAAGACCAGCGAAGGAGACCACACGGAGGUCUGCCUCACGCCCGACUGUCUGCGAGCGUCUGCUCAG